GUCAAAGUGGACUCCAUUUUUCUUAGCUAAAGAGAGACCAACAGUCUCUCCCUCUUCAAUCCAACAAACAAAAAAGGGAUAUAAUUCUCAGAUCAAUCAUCGAUCAUUCUAUUGAUCCUUUCGAUAAAUCCAAUUCGAAGAAUCUUUAGAUUUUAAUUCGAAGGGAGAGAUUCUUGUUGAUCUUUUGGGGCGGAGUAAUGGCUGUAGCUUCUGAUCAAGCCACCAGCAUCUGCAGUCACUGUGACAGAGCAAUUCCUUCCACCAAUCUUGAUCUUCAUUUUGCUCACUGCUCCCGGAAUCUUGAAAAAUGUAAAAUCUGUGAGGAUAUGGUUCCUAGAAAGUUUGCGGAGGAACAUUUCUUGAGCACUCAUGCUCCGGUUGCCUGUUCUUUGUGUAGCGAGACAAUGGAACGUGAGAUUUUAGCUGUUCAUAGAGGUGAAAAUUGCCCAAAAAGGAUCGUGACAUGCGAGUAUUGCGAGUUUCCUUUGCCUGCAAUUGAUUUAUUUGAGCAUCAGGAAGUAUGCGGGAACCGGACAGAAUUAUGCCAUCUUUGUAGCAGAUACAUUAGACUCCGAGAAAGAGAUGUUCAUGAGAGUAGAUGCAAUGGAAUGAUAAGUAAUGUUGCAGAAUCUUCCAGGAACACACACACAGCCGAAAGAGACCGUGGUCCACCAAGAAGGCAGCCACAAGAGUUCUCCAGAAAGCGGCUUCUGUUCACAAUCGCCAUAACAGGCAUUGCUGUUUUAUUAGGCUCACUUCUUUUCCAGAGGAAAGUCUAGCAGACUCAAGUGCACUAAUACCAAAGGCGCUAUUGAUAGGCUCUUUACCUAUCAACCAUCAACUGAUACACCUCAAAUCACUAGAAUUCUCACUUAUCAGAGAACUUACCAUAAGUAUAAUGACUAUAUGCCUAAGAAUUCCGUCUGUACAAGUAGUUAAUAUGCGAAUCCAUUUCUUAUGAGAUGAGUUGAACUGCUUACAGGGUGUUGUGUAAAGUGGAAGUUGAUAAAAUUGUAGUGGUAGUGAAAAUAAUGUGUCUGCCUUUUUGAACAUUUCGGUCCGUCAUAAAGUGGAAGCAGUUCUUGUUGAAGUAAUUGUGUUUGUAUCAAAGUAUUAUUCAGUGAUGAUUAUGUUAAAUGGCUGUAUCAUGCAUUCUGCUUUGAGGUUACAAAAUUGCCAUUACAGAGUUAA